AUGUCAGAGUUCUAAACCAAGUAAGAAACCACUACAGAGGAAUAAAAGGAUUCUUACAUUCCUAAUGAUAAAAAGAUCAAUAAUCUCCUUCCUGCAGAAUAUAAAUGGAUGCUAGAGGAUUAUGUUGAGGUUGAUUACUCUAAGAUAGACAGUAGGAUUAAAACUAAAAAUUUGCCACUUAGACUUGAAGAAAAAGGGAAAAAAAUUGAAGUUUUGUAAAUCAUCAUGAUAUCACAUAGGGAUAUGCUCUUGGUAGAAUACUAUCAUACUAAAUAAAAAAAGAACAGAUCUGUUGAUUUAAUUAAUUUAAGUACCUUAACUCUGAUAUAAACUCAAAGCUUAAGAAAAUCAGUUGAUGAAAAAAGUAAAAUUUUUCACAGAAUUUUCAAUGAUGUUGAUUAUAUCUUUUAUCAAGGUGAUUAAUUUGUAUUCUUAAUGAAAUUUGAUGAUUUUAUUGAAUAAGCCUAUGAUAAAACUUUGAUUCAACUUGAUUUCUAAUAAUGCAAUAGGUUCAGGGGUGUAGAUUUCAUAGAUGAAUUCAGCAUUAUGGUUACUUAUUAAUACUUUACAUAUAUAUUUAAAUUUGAAGCAGAUAAUGUUGUUCACCUUUCUACCAACUAAGCAAUCACUUUAUUUGGAAUUAUAAGAAUCCUGUUAAAUCUAUCUUUGUCAAUAAAACUUCCCUUGAGACAGAUAAAAGAAAAGAUAAGUACCAUUAUCCGAUAAGAUAUUUGA